AUGGCAGAGACUGCAUCUUACACUCUGGAUGGGCCUCCCCCAGACGCGUCUGAAACUUGGCAAAAUCACUCUGUACAGAAGCGAGGGGGUGCCCAAAAAGCCCCUCCAGGGAAGAUGCCGGUCCCAAUUACUCUGGCCUAUUUUCUCUUCUUCCUUGAUCUUGCCGUCAUUUCAACGGCCACGCCAGCUAUUACUUCCCAAUUCAACUCAUUGGUAGACGUUGGCUGGUAUGGUGGUGCCUAUCAGCUCGGAAGUGCAGCGUUCCAGCCUCUCAGCGGCAAGAUUUAUAGCCAGUUUCCGAUCAAGUGGACCUUUCUGGUUUUCUUUUCCAUCUUCGAAGUUGGAUCUGCCAUUUGCGGAGCAGCUCAAUCAUCGCCCAUGUUUAUUAUUGGCCGUACCAUCGCAGGAAUAGGUUCUGCUGGUGUGGCUAAUGGAGCUGUGACAGCCAUUUCUGCAGUGCUUCCAACACAAAAACAGGCGCUUUUCAUGGGGCUCAACAUGGGUAUGGGUCAGCUGGGACUUGCAACAGGACCAAUUAUCGGUGGAGCCUUUACCACCAAAGUCUCUUGGCGAUGGUCGCUCAUUGGACUAAACUGCGUGACUUAG